CAACAUCCGGCGGGUUCUUUACUAUAAAGUUAUGAAUAUUACUAUAAAGUUAUGAAUUGAAUACAGAUCUAUCAUAUUUACUUACCGAGACAAUGCUAUAGUGACAUGCAUCGUAUAGCAGUUUGGAGUUAAUGUCUUUUGAAAGUAGCCACGGUGUCAAUAAUCUUUUCGCAAUAGAACCAAACCUGACACUUUUCAUUGUCUACUAUGUUGAGUAGCUUACAAAUGAUGUCAGCAGGUGAGCCCAGCAGCAGGGAACUGAGCCUGAUGGAUAAACAGGUAACGAGCUUGCUGGAAAUUUCCCUGAAUUGCUGUCUCCAUUCCUUAAAUUUACACUGUAAUCAAAUUUCAAAGAUCGAAGGACUUGGUCAUCUGUAUAAUUUACAGUAUCUGGACUUGUCAUCCAAUCUUAUAACUAAGAUAGAAGGUCUUGACUCCUUGCCCUGCCUACAUAGCCUGAAUUUGUCCUGCAACAAGCUCAUAAGAGUCGAAGGGCUGGAGAAGUUAUUAAAUCUCAAGAAACUGAAUUUAUCUUAUAAUCGCAUACAUGACCUUUCUGGAUUAAUUUCACUUCAUGGACGUAACCACCAACUCAGUCAUCUUUAUCUCCAUAGCAAUUGCAUAAAUAAUAUUGAGCAUGCACUAGAGUGUGUAGUAGGAUUCAAUUCUUUGCUUUAUGUGUCAUUCGAGCAGAGUGGAAAAGGCAACCCUAUCUGUAAUGCUGCAGGAUACAGAGAAAAGAUCCUACAAAACUUGCCACAAUUAAAAGCCCUUGAUGGCAUAAACCAGUUUGAUGAAUCAGUCAUUGGGCUUGAAGGAGAUUCAGUAGAUUUUCAGAAUAUGGACUUUUUAGAGUAUUUAUUUACUUUUGAUAAUGAAAGCAGAGACGAUAAGGGUUCCGUAACAACACCUCGAAUUGAUCAAGUAUUAUCUCAGUAUAAAAGGAAACCAGCUAUGUCGGUACCUGGUAAUUUCCCUUCCGAUACUGAUGCUACCUUCUUGUCAGAACAAGAGAUUGUCAAACAUCAGGAUCCCAACAACACUUUGCGAGAAAUGAGGCUUAAGAAGUUAGAAGAUCAGAUAUCUGAACUGAUUGAGAAGACGUCCAGUGCAAAGUCACAAGAGCCUAAAAACAUAUUGAAAGCAAAAAGGGACACAGAUCUAACAAGUGAAAGUGACUGUGAAAGUGUAAAAGAAAAUCAAAGGAAUAAUGUAGCAAAACGGUCACAAAUCCCUUAUCGAAAAAGCAACCAGACCGCUAAGCACCAAGUUAGUCACCCAUCAAAGAGCAGAACUUUAAGCAGCAGCGCACCAAAGCAAAACUCCACAAGGAAACCGAUAAGUGCAUGCCCUCAAAAGAAAGGCACCAUUUCCACUAGCUUGUCAUCUGAUCGAAUAGACACAGACAGUGCAGAACAAAUAUCUGGCAGGCACUGUUCAAUGCAGAGGAGUCAAAAAGGAAAAACACAAGAAGCUUUUUCCUCAAUUGAGGAAUCAACAUACCGUGCACUUGUUCAAGAAUUGGAUCAGGAACGAGAGCGCAGAUGGAAAGCUGAACAGGUUGUCCUUAAAUUGACUGAAAAUCUCAAAGAACUGCAGUCCCAGGCAAAAGAAGAAAAAGAUAUCAACAGUAUGGCGGUGUACACCACAGACCGGAUAAAGGAAUUAUUUCUAAAAGAAAAAAAUGCAAAAACCAAGCUGCAGGGAAUUGUGCAUCAGAUGAGAGAAGAAAAUGAAAGGCUAACAAAUGAACUGAAACAAUUUGCUAGAAAAGAGGACGAUUAUAAGGUAGCUCUUAAAAACAUGGAAGAAGCAAUAUCUAAAUUGGAGACUCAACAUUUACAGCAACAAGCCUUAGAGAACAAACUACGCAAACUUGAAUUUGUUGCGGAGGAAGAAAAACGGAAAACUGUUCAAAUUGAACUUCUGAAGCAAGAAAAAUCAAAACUUAUUUCACAGCUCACUGCACAAGAGUCAUUGAUAGAUGGAUUAAAAGCAGAGAGGAAAAUCUGGGGGCAAGAACUUACUCAACAAGGUGUUUCACUUGCCCAGGACAGAGGGAGACUGGAAGCUAAAAUUGAAGUUCUUUCAAAUGAAGUUGAAAUGUUAAAAAAGCAAAAUGAGCGAGAUAAUGAUGCUCUGAGAAUCAAAUGCAAAGUUGUGGAUGAUCAAACUGAAACCAUAAGGAAAUUAAAAGAAGGUCUGCAGGAAAGAGAUGAACGAAUCAGAAAACUGCGGGAGGAAAAUAUUGAGGCCGAGAAAGCAUUAAGUGAACAGAAUGAUAACAGAACAAUGCAAGUGGGAGAACUGAAAGAGAAGCUGGAAAGGCAAACUGAGAGAAAAGAGGAACUGAAACAACUGCUGGAAGAAAGGGAAGCUGAGCUGGAAGAUAUGAAGAAAGCUUACAGUGCAAUGAAUAAGAAGUGGCAAGAUAAAGCAGAAUUACUAAGCCUGCUCGAAACACAAGUCAGGCAGAUGAAAGAGAAUUUUGAUGCCAAGGAAAAAAAACUGAUUGAAGAACGAGACAAAAGCCUUCAAUCUCAAAAAAGUGUGACAGAGAAAUUCCGUUCUGUAGACGAUGCAUUUCGGAGACAGCUGGAGUCCAUUCUGGCAGCUCACCAGGCUGAGCUUAUUAAACUGUCAAGGGAUAAGCAAAGGGAAGUUGAUUCUGCAAAUGAAAAGGUCUACCAGGUAGAAGAAGAGAUGCGUCAGCUAUUGAAAGAAACUGCUAACAAUAAAAAGGCCAUGGAAGAGAAAAUCAGACGUCUAACCAGUGCAUUAAGUGACAUUCAGCAAGAAUUAUGAUUGUUUUCUUUUCGUAACAAUCAUUAAGAGCCUUUGCCAUGGAACAUUUAAUUGUGCAGAUUUUACCAUUACAUCUAUUUGUAGAUGUGUUUUUAUACUAAGCUGUACACUUUUAAGUGCUACAUAUAACUCAAUGAAGAGUUGACAAAGAAUGUUUUUUUCUUGUGUACAAUACUGUAAAAAUAUAUAUUGUUAAUAAACCUUAAAAAUA